AUGGAAUACGGUUCUAGAAAAUUAGUCGUUGCGACAAUUCGAAGUUAUAUUAUCUCUAGAGGAGUCGAUUACGUUGUUUACGAAUCUGAGCCAUGGACGUUCUAUGCAAAAUGCAAGAGUUAUAGACGUGGGUGCGAUUGGCUUGUUCGAGCCAACUUGAUACAGAAGAAAGCUUGCUGGGAGAUUCAGAGAUAUAACGGGAGGCACACGUGUUCCAUGAGAACGAUCUCACAGGAUCACUCCAAGUUGGACUCGAACACGAUUGCUGAGCCUAUGAAGUCAUUGGUUGAAUUCGACCCAUCCAUAAAGGUGAAAUCUAUAAUUGCAAAAGUCCAGGGAUUGAGCUGCCGUCGCGUCGUCGUUGAACUGGAGGGAAGAGCUGCCGCCGCCACGCCUCACCGUCGAAGCUCCACGUUGUUGUUACCGCCGUUCGCGAAGAGAGAGGAAGCCCGCGAAGUCGCUACUGAGCCACCGCCGCUGUGUCCUACCUGCGCCACCGUUCAAGCCCAUCGCCGUCCAUGGAGUCGCGAGGAGCGUCGCCGUCAUCGUCGUGGUGUGUGGGCUUAUCGCAGAGAGAAGAGACAGAACGCGACGAGAGAGGGAGGGGGACCGUUCCCGCCGUUGUCGUGCCGUGAACGUCGUCGUGGUGGUUGCCGUCGCCGUGCGUUGUUGCCGCCGUCCAAUCCAUCAAUGAAGGGAACCUUACCGCUGUGUGCUAAGAAGAGGAAGCAGCGCUGCCUUUCCAUCGCCGCUGUUGCCAGGGUUUGUGGAGGAGAACAUCGCCGACGCCGUGGGUGGAGUCCACCGUCCGAGCUGCCAGCAGAGGAAGCCGCUGCUACUGUGUGUAUAGAGAAGAGUAGCGUCGUGAGAAUCAAGGGAAGAAGACGAUGUUCCGCCUCUGCUUCUGGUUUCUGGAAUCUGACAGAGCACCGCUGCCGUCGAUCGGAGAUGCCAAACCUGUCGCUGCUGGUGGUGGAUUCGGAAUACUGGGUUGUCGCGUUUAAACUCUGCAAUUUCAAUACUUGAGUUACACAGGUUUGGAGACUCGGUUUGAAGCCGCAGACGGUUAUUAGACUUAUUUAUGAGUUAAGUUGUUUUCAGGGUUCUCUCGCUUUUGUUGAUUAAGAUUUUAUUUUAUGCAGAGGGAUAGGAGUUGUAUCUGAGUUUCAUUUGAAUUCUUUUGUAUAAUAUUUAUUAUUAUUAAUAAUUAUGUGAUUAUUAUUA